UACAACUCUCGUUUCUUAACCCACACUAUCUCCGCUUCUGUCUGAUUAACCCUUUCUCUCAUUAAUUCUUCUCUUUCUCUCCCGUGCUUAUAGCCAUGACAAAUUCCAGUCAUAUGGUGAAUUUCGCUUCUUCGAGAGGCUUUUGCACUACCUUCAAAUCUGAUUGCAAAGAAACUUUCUUCCCUGAUGAUCCGUUUCAUAAGUUCAAGGAUGAGAAACCUUUGCACAAAGCCAAGAAAAUCAUUCAAUACUUCAUCCCAUUGUUUGAAUGGUUACCCAAAUACAACCUACGUUUGCUUAGAUAUGAUUUGCUUGCCGGUAUCACCAUUACCAGCCUUGCAAUCCCUCAAGGAAUCAGCUAUGCCAAACUCGCUGAUCUUCCUCCUAUCAUCGGCCUCUAUUCGAGUUUUAUACCGCCUUUUGUUUAUGCCAUUUUCGGAAGUUCAAAACACCUUGCGGUGGGAACAGUGGCGGCAAACUCACUGCUUAUAGCUGAAACGAUUGGAAAUAAAGUAUCACCAAAAGACAAUCCCACAUUGUAUCUUCACUUAGUUUUCACAGCCACUUUCUUCACCGGAAUUUUCCAGUUGGCUUUAGGAUUUCUGAGGCUGGGAAUUUUGGUUGAUUUCUUAUCACAUUCUACUAUCACUGGUUUCAUGGGAGGGACUGCUAUAAUAAUUUGCCUGCAACAAUUAAAAGGCAUAUUUGGUUUAAAACAUUUCACAACUCAUACUGAUGUGGUUUCGGUUCUACGUGCAGUUUUCAGCCAUAGAAACGAGUGGAGGUGGCAAAGUGCUGUUGUUGGUGUAGUCUUCCUUUGUUUCCUCCAAUUCACUCGAUACCUGAGGCAAAGAAAACCAAAGUUAUUUUGGAUAUCAGCUAUGUCUCCAAUGGUCGUUGUUGUGGUUGGUUGUCUUUUUGCAUAUUUUGCCCAUGCAGAAAAACAUGGAAUCAACAUUGUGGGUGACUUGAAGAAGGGAUUAAAUCCUCCCUCAAUUCAACAUUUGAACUUUGAAAGCCAAUAUCUUCCGGUUACUGUGCGGGCCGGUCUUGUCACUGGGCUUAUUGCAUUGGCCGAAGGGAUAGCAAUCGGACGAAGCUUUGCCAUCAUUAAAAAUGAACAAACUGACGGGAACAAGGAAAUUAUAGCCUUUGGUUUCAUGAACAUCAUUGGAUCUUUCACUUCAUGCUACUUGACAACAGGGCCAUUCUCAAAAACAGCUGUGAAUUUCAAUGCUGGGUGCAGGACAGCAAUGUCCAAUGUAAUAAUGGGAUUUUGCAUGAUGUUAACACUCCUGUUCUUGGCUCCUCUCUUUAGUAACACCCCUCUGGUAGCUCUAUCCGCCAUUAUCAUGUCUGCAAUGCUUGGCCUAAUCAACUAUGAGGAGAUCAUUCACCUCUUUAAAGUCGACAAAUUCGAUUUUGUCAUCUGCAUGGCUGCCUUCCUUGGUGUUAGUUUCAUAAGCAUGGAUGUCGGCCUCAUGCUUUCCGUAGGACUUGCCUUACUCAGAGCACUUUUGUAUGUGGCAAGACCUGCUUCCUGUAAGCUUGGAAAAAUUCCAAACUCAAGUUUAUAUCGUGACACAGAGCAAUACCCUGGCUCGACAACAAUAGAAGGAAUCCUAGUUCUUCAACUUGGCUCCCCUAUUUAUUUUGCAAACUGCACCUAUAUAAGAGAAAGGACUCUGAGGUACGUUCAGGAGGAACAGGGCAUUUCAGAUUCUAAAAGUGAUGUAAUUGAGCAUGUUUUGCUAGAUUUGUCAGGAGUUUCAUCCAUUGACAUGACAGGGAUUGAAACAUUCGUUGAAAUACGUAGAAUUCUGGACGCAAAGGGUAUCAAGUUAGCAAUAGUAAACCCCAGGAUUGAAGUUCUGGAGAAAAUGACCUUAGCGAAAUUCACGGAUGCCAUUGGCAAGGAAUCUUUCUACUUGUCUAUUGAAGAUGCAGUCCAAAGUUGUCUAUUUACACUUAACAGUAAGAAAACAGCCACAGAAUCCUCAAACGACCAAAAUGUUGCUUAAAAGAUACUGGCUAUAUGCAUAUAUAUAUAUAUAUAUAUAUAUAUGUAUGUGCCUAUGAAUCAUCAGUCUUUAGUUCAAUUAGCACCAUAAAUCCAGGGAGUUUUCCAGGUCUAGAAUUCGAUCAUCCCUUUGAACAUCAACAAAGGGGUUAAUAAAUAAUUUGUUGUGAUGAUGCUAGUAUGUUUUUUCUGUUUAUUGGAGAGAAAACACAGAAUAAAAGAAAGGUGCCUAGCCGGUGGCUAAGCUGGGCUAUGUUGCUGGUAAUCGAAGUUAGGCCAAGUAGUAGUAGUAGUAGUUGUUGUAUUUGUUGUUGUUGUUAUGUAAAUGAUGAGAAUCAUGAGAUAGUCCUCUGUUUGGAUAAAUAUGAUCGUUUUUGUAACUUCUUUUUUCAUGUUUUCCCAUCUCUUCAGCUUGUCGUUUGAUAAUAUUUUUGAAUUGGAGGAUGAAGCUCAUGUACUUUUACCAUGGUAAUAAAGC